AAGUCAGAAUUCAGAAUGUGCAAUAUUUUGGUAUUUAUAAACAGUAAAAUAUGUGAAACUUAAUGAUUUUCUAACUAGAAACAAUGAUUCUUAAGUAGCAAAACUAUAAAAUCAAUCAUAAAAAUGAUUAUUUCAAGACUUUUGCUCCUACGACCAAUACAUCGAAAUAAUUUAAGACAACGUAUUAAAUACUGUACAGCAAAAACUGAAGCGGAAAUUGAAAAAGAAAAGGAACUCGAGCGUCUAGCAAAUGACGCAUCAAUAGAUGAACCUCCAACAGCAUGCUGCCAAUCUGGCUGUGCCAAUUGUGUCUUCAUUGUGUGGGCAGAGACCUUGACUAAGAAGAUGAAUAAUGCGGGCCCAGAGAUAGCAGAGAAAAUCAUGAAAUCUGUUGAAGACCCAUCCAUGAGAGCUUACUUGGAACUGGAGUUAAGGUUGCGAGGAGUUAAGAAGUAGCUUCUUGCAUAGAGCUUGUAUAAUAUGAGAAGUUGUUAGUCAUGUUGAAGUGUAAAAAAUCAUUAAAAAUCAGAUUAUUACAAAAAUCAGUACAUUCAGUAGGUACAUUAGUAUGUAAAUAUUGAAAGUUCAAACCGUAGAAAUUCUUAAGAUUGCUUUGUAAAAAGUUGUUUGUAUUGAAAAAUAUGACUUUAAAAUACAAUUAGUCUAAGAAAUAAAAUGUAUGUUUACCAAUUAGUUGUAAUUUGUAAAUAUAGAUAGUCCUUACGAGUAGUGAAUUAUACACUUGCCAAUGAA